UCUGCCUGUGUUUGAGUCUGAGCCCUGCCCUGGUGUGGGGGGGGGGGGGGUGGUGUGGGCCGGGGUCUCCCCACCCUCCGCCUGUGUCCCUUGUGCUCACUGCUGCCUGCCCUGUCCCUCAGGCACACGCUGCGGCCACUCGAUACACUGCAGCCGGGGGCAGUGCGACAUUGUCGCGGAGUGUAUUGGCUCCGGCAACAAAGUAACCCGGAGGGAGUGAGAACAGGCUCCCCACACCAACAUGGACAGCCUUCAGUUCCUGUCGUGUUGCUGCCUGGUCUUCACGGUUUGGAUGUUCGGCACAGGCCUGUCGGAUGUGCAACGGAUGAUGUCCGGGGCCAGCACGGCAGAUGUCCAGUUCCUGCCUUUUCUCACAACCGCCAUUAAUAACUGUGGAUGGCUGUACUACGGCCAACUCAAGGCUGAUUGGACGUUGAUGACGGUCAACUCUAUUGGCAUCUCUCUGCAGAUCUGCUACAUCCUGGCCUACCUCUACUUCAGCAACGAGAAGUUUCAGGUGAUGACCAAAGUUGUGCUGGCUGCAGGAGUCCUGGGGAUGGUCUAUUGCUACUUUGCGAUGGUGGUGUCAGACGCAGAGCCCCGUAUGAACCAGCUCGGCUUCCUGUGCAGUGCCUUCACUAUUACCAUGUACAUCUCACCACUUGCCGACCUGGCCAAAAUUGUACGAACCCGGUCAACAAAGUGCCUCUCAUUCCCGCUGACCGUAGCCACGCUGCUGACAUCGACCUCAUGGACACUCUACGGUGCCCAGCUGGCGGACCCCUACAUCGUGAUUCCGAACGUUCCGGGAAUCCUCACCAGCCUCGUCCGGUUUUGGUUAUUCUGGAGGUUCUCGCCUGUCCAGGACAAAUUCCCCUUUCGGCCCCUUCAGGCCUGAUGCCCAGCUCCGGCCUGAUGCCCAGCUCCGGCCGGAUGCCCAGCUCCGGCCUGAUGCCCAGCUCCGGCCGGAAGCCAGUAUUUUUUGCCUCGCUGCCGGUGGAAGGGGGAGCCGCGCGCCAGGCCUAAACCCCACAGGAGCUGAGAGACCUGGAAGCGGAUCCACAGGGAUUAAGGGAUCGAUCUGGUUCACGGCCAACAGGCUCACAGCAAAAUGUCAGGACCCUGCGACUCGAGGGAUUGUGGUUGUGUUCGGGGUGAUCUUCAAACUGUCUGGAAGUGUUAGUGCUCACUCACACACUCACACUCACACUCACACACUUACACACUUACACACACACACACACACACACAUACACUCUCUCUCGCUCACACUCACACACACACUCUCACACUCACAGUCACGCACACACUCACACACUCACACACACACACACACUCUCUCUCUCUCGCUCACACUCACCCUCACACACACACUCUCACACUCACAGUCACGCACACACUCACACACUCACACACACUCUCUCUCUCUCGCUCACACUCACACUCACCCUCACACACACACUCUCACACUCACAGUCACGCACACACACACACACUCACACACACACACACUCACACACAGACACGCUCUCUCUUUCUCUCACACACUCUCUCUCACACUCACACUCACCCUCGCGCGCACACACACAUCCUCUCUCUCUCACUGUCUCUCACACACACACACACACACACACACACACACACACACUGUCUCACACUCUCUUCCUCUCUCACUCACUCACACUCUCACACUCACACUCGCUCUCACACACACACACACACACACACUGUCUCACACUCUCUCCUCUCUCACUCACUCACACUCUCACACUCACACUCGCUCUCACACACACACACACACACACGCUCUCUCUCUCACUCUCUCACUCACCCUCACCCUCACCCUCACCCUCACCCUCACCCUCACCCUCACACUCACACUCACACGCACACGCACACCGCACACGCACACGCACACGCACACGCACACGCACACUCACCCUCACACACAGACACACACACUCACACUCACACGCACUCUCACACACACACACACAGACACACACUCUCACACACACACACACCGACUCUCCCCGGGGUACAGGGUCCCACACACACUCACCACAAACCGAUCCUGCUGCCCUAGUUCAGAUUUCAAACCUUCGGCCUCGAAGCUUGUCCAGCGCCGACAGGAGAUACAGGCGCUAGAGAAAUGCAGGUUUGGAAU